AUUUCAGCUUCUAAACCCCCCAAAUUCAUUGACCAAAAAAAAUACCCCAAAUUCAGAAUAGAAACCCUAAUUUUACCCGAUCUCCUUCCCAUUCCCGGCCACCGGCGACCACUCAGGUCUCCGGCCACCGCGUCUCUGCUCCGUCCAAGCUCUAAGGUAUUAUUGCAUUGUAUUGGUGACUUGGUGCGAGCCAUUCCAUCCUCUUGAACCAUCUCACAUAAAACAAGCCAGUGUUCAAUCUGAAUUAGACCGAGAGAGAGGAAGAAUCACUCACUUUCAAGCUUUCAACAUUUACAACAAAGAAAUGGCUGUUGAUGCGCUGUCUUUAGAGCACCCCUUAUCAGAAGAUACCCUUCAAUUACUCUUUAGUGCUUCUAACUCCUCUAACUUGGAAAACUCCUUAGAGGUUCUCAUUUCCAUUUCCCGAUCUGAUUAUGGGCGUUCGGACCUUGCUUCCAGAAAGGUUCUCCCUGCAGUGCUGAGUAUAGUUCAGUCACUCACUCAGACUCGUCAUCAUGUUCUCUCGUUAUGUUUCAAGCUCUUCAGAAACUUGUGUGCUGGAGAGGCUGCAAACCAGAACUUGUUUCUUGAGCUUGGUGGGGUGGCUGUUGUUUCUGGAAUUUUGAGGUCACAGGCUGGUUCUCCAUGCCCUGAUCAUGGGCUGGUUCGCUGGGGUCUGCAGGUUCUGGCAAAUGUUUCUUUGGCUGGGAAGCAGCAUCAACGUGCUAUUUGGGAAGAGCUCUAUCCGGUUGGGUUUGGUUCUCUUGCAAGACUUGGCACCAAGCAGACUUGUGAUCCGUUGUGUAUGCUGAUUUAUACAUGUUGUGAUGGAAACCCUGAAUGGUUUAGAGAACUUUCCAAUGCUAAUGGCUGGCAUAUAAUGGCACAAAUCUUGAGAACUGCUUCUUCUGCUAGCUUUGAUGAGGAUUGGAUAAAGUUGCUAAUUUCUAGAAUUUGCCUUGAAGAAUGUCUACUGCCUGUGUUGUUUUCUGAAUUACGGUUUGUGGAUGCUCCUAAGGAUGAAGAUACUGAAUCAAAUGAAAAGGAGUUUUCAUCUGAACAAGCAUUUCUUCUGCGAAUCCUACCAGAAAUCUUGAAUGAGCGGAUCAGAGAUGUCACUGUAUCGGAGGAUGUUGCUCUGUUUGUUUUUGGAAUAUUCAAGAAGUCUCUUGGGGUUCUUGAGCAUGCGACGAGAAGCAAGUUUGGUCUUCCUAGUGGCUCUGCUGCCGUUGAUGUUCUUGGCUACACUCUUACUAUAUUGAGGGACAUUUGUGCUGAAGAUAGUGUGAGAGGUAAUAAUGGCAAGGAGGAUAUUGUUGAUGUGCUAUUGUCGUAUGGCCUCAUAGAAUUGCUUUUGUCUAUACUAGGAGACCUUGAACCUCCAGCUAUAAUCAGGAAAGGAAUUAAACAAUUUGAGAAUCAAGACGGCGCUAGUUGUUCCUCAAAACCAUGCCCUUACAAGGGUUUCAGGCGAGACAUAGUUGCACUUAUUGGCAAUUGUUUAUAUAGAAGGAAGCAUGUGCAAGAUGAAAUCCGACAGAGGAAUGGAAUUCUACUGCUCUUGCAGCAGUGUGUUACUGAUGAAGAUAAUCCUUUCCUGAGGGAAUGGGGCAUAUGGUCUGUGAGGAAUAUGUUGGAGGGAAAUGAGGAGAAUCAAAAGCUAGUUGCUGAACUGGAGUUUCAGGGAUCUGCUGAUGCGCUGCCUGAAAUCGCCGCACUCGGUCUUCGAGUGGAAGUUGAUCAGAGAACUAGGCGUGCAAAGCUUGUAAACAACGUCCCCUGAAAGAUUACUAUAACAUGACCGUGUCCAUACAUCUUAGUCUUUUCUACAUGGUGUUACUUGGUUGAAUUUUAGCUGUGAUUUAUUUUUUUAAUUUUUAUUUUCAAGAAGCUGAAGUUUUCAUUGUCAAUGGAAGCUCAGAAGAGAAUUAAUUUUUAGAAUAGAAAAUUAUGGAUGUCAUGAUAAACAGUUUGUGGAA